UGUUUCAAAAUGGCGCAUGUAACUAACAACAAUGAUGAAAAUGCCACAGAUGGAAACAAAUCGGGACAAAACCAAGAAACUGAAAUACCUUCAAUUCCACAAGUUAUUACAGCAUCAAAACCCAAGGCAAAAAAAGCACCAGAGCUGCCAGUUAAUGAAAGAAGAAACUGGUUGAUACAUCUUCAUUAUGUACAAAAAGACUUCGAAACAUGUAAGGUUCUUAUCAAAGAGCAAUUGACAGAAAGUGGUGGAAUGUGUGAAUAUGCCGUUUAUGUCCAAGCACUUAUCCACAGACAAGAAGGGAAAAUCCAGGAAUCUUUGGAACUCUUUCAGACAUGCACACUUCUAAAUCCUAAUAGUGGAGAAAACCUUAAACAAGUGGCCAGGUCUUUGUUUUUACUUGCAAGACAUAAAGCAGCAAUAGAUGUAUAUAAUGAAGCAUCCAACAUCAACACAAAAGAUUGGGAAAUAUCACACAAUCUAGGUGUAUGCUACAUGUAUCUUAGAGACAGAGCUAAGGCCAAGGAAUGUUUUAAACAAGCUAUAGAUAUAAGACGUCAUGAUGUAUCUUAUGUUAUGCUGGGAAAACUAUUUUUGUUGGAAGGUGAUUUGAACUCAGCUGUUGAUAUCUGUAAAAAUGCUGUAGAGUUUUAUCCAGAAUCACCAGAUCUACUAACAACUUUAGGACUUUUAUAUAUGCAAGUUGGGCAGUAUCAAAAAGCCUUUGAAAAUUUAGGAAAUGCUCUUACAUUUAAUCCUCAACAUACUAAAGCCAUAAUGGCAGCUGGUAGCAUGAUGCAAGGACAUUGUGACUGGGAUGUUGCUUUAACUAAAUAUAGAAUAGCUGCUGUAAAUACACCUGAAAAUCCAUCAUUAUGGAAUAACAUUGGAAUGUGUUUCUUUGGAAAAAAGAAAUAUGUAGCAGCUAUUAGCUGUUUAAAGCGAGCCAACUACUUGGCACCCUUUGAUUGGAAGAUUCUGUAUAAUCUAGGCUUAGUUCAUCUUUCCAUGCAACAGUUUGCUUCAGCUUUUCACUUUCUUAGUGCCGCCAUUAAUUUUAAACCUAAGAUGGCACAGUUGUUCAUGCUAUUGGCAGUGGCAUUAACUAAUUUAGAAGAUCCAGAUAAUGCUAAACAAGCAUAUGAGCAAGCUAUAUCUCUAGAUAAUAAAGACCCGUCCAUACCAUUGAAUUUUGCUGUGUUGCUGUAUAACAAUGGCGAUAGAAGAGCUUCUAGUAAAUAUCUAUCUAUAUUUACACAAAACAUCAAAUCUGUGUCUAAUGUUGAUCAAGAAUUGCUUGACAUGGCUUCAAAACUUGGGCCAUUAUUACAUGUUGGUGAUAAUUUGGUAUGGAAAGAUAACAACAAAGAAAGACAUUCUUCGGCAUCAAUGGCAAAUAAACCAGAUCUGGUUGCAGCACCUUUCACAAGACCCACCACAUCCUCAGCUGUAGAGACGGACAUACCUUCUACUCCUGAUAUUCUUACAGAAACGAUCCUUCCCUCUGACUUACUUAUGGGAACAAGCUCCGACACAGCAAGCACUAAGCUAUCAAGAACACAAACAGAUAUGUCUGAAUUUCCAGAAGUUUCUGAUAUGCAUUUAUCAAAACCUACCACUUUAGAUCCCUUACCCAAGAUAGAAUCUGGAAAGCCAUCACAACUACCUAUUCUUGAGCAGUCAUCAAAGAACGUACCUGCAUCAACUGAUUUAAAAAGGUCUCCAAUAUCUGAUCUAUAGUAUAAUUGUUAGUAAUGUUGUAAUGUUCUGGCGAGAAUUAAAGUGUCAAGACUAUUUCGCCUACCAAACAAAAAUUGGUGUUGUUAGUGUGUAGUUAACUGUUCAUUUUUACCUCACACCACACCCUACACAUCCCUUCAUAUUCACUGUCUGGCUAGACAUCUAUUUAUUAAGGAAUUGUUAGUUGUUAAAUAUUGUUAGGGCCAUAUAUGAGCUCUAGUGUAUAAAUGUUGAACUUAUUUCAGAGAUUGUCCAACAAAAAAAUGACAAUUUCUUGUCUAAAGUGAUUGCGUAAUGGGUAAUAUUAUCUGUACAUCACUGUGCUGUUAUGAACCAUGCGUUGUAAUGAUGUAUUACAGACCAUACUGUUAUAAAAAGAUUAGCUGCAUGUAGUACUAAACUUUGUAUUUCACCACACUGCGUGCAUUAAAUAUUAUCCAAAUAUUAGUUCUCUAACUAAUAGUACUUCUUUGUGCAUAUGGACUACAGUCCUAUCUGUGUAUUAUCUUUGUACAUUUUUAGCCCAUAGAGGCUACUUCUGAGUAUGUCGUGCAGCUGACAUUAAUGAUUACUCAUGGUUUUUGUUUUCUCUGUACCAUUGGAUGGAUUUUAUGAAAUUUGGUACCAGUGUUUUAUUUGAAUGAUGUCUGCCUCUGUAUGGGAUAGACAGGCACAGUUUAGGUAAACUUCAAUACUUCUCUUUAGAUGACCAUGAAUAAAGUUUGUUAAAAUGAUA